CCCCUCUUCCAUCAUCUCUUUCCUCUCGCAUCCUCCCGCGCCGGACGCCGCUAGGCUCCUCCCUAUCUCGUCCCGGCCCGACCCAGGUGGAUCCAGGGGUAGCAGAGAGGAGGAAGGGAGAUAGAACGACGGGGAAGGGGAUGAAUAGCAGAGAGGAGGAAGGGAGGUAGAGGAACGACGGGGAAGGGGAUGGACAGGAGCUUCAUGCCCAAAGUCCAGUCGCCCCAGGCCGUGCCUACACGAGCAGCGCCGUGGGUAGAUGCUUCCCCGCCCAACGAGGAUGGCGAGGUAGGUGUUGACAAUGGCAGCCCGAGGCCGUCAAAUCCGUCACCAUGGCCGUUCUUUUGGUCGAGGCCGCCCUCGUUCACGUGCUCCUCCUCACCCCCACGGCUAGACGCUGGCGAGGCCAGCCUCCCCUCCAUGCGCAGAUUAUCUUCGUCUCUGGUGUUUCGCUGGCCAUUGGGCUGAAGUCAACCGUACAGUUCUUCACAAAGCCCAAGAAUCGCAAGGGUCGUACUUUUCCUUGUCCUUAUUGGCUGGCCUGUCUUCAGUAUGAUGGCAGAGUCGUAUGGCUUUGCCCUGCUAUUCAGGUCACCUCUGUGUCUCCCGCCAGUCCACGACAUAGGUUGCAAUCUAGGUUGUUGCCAAGUUAACUUUAGGAUGGUAACCUACAAUGUACAACCCAAGAGAUCGGCAGUGUUUAUUAUACUGUCAUGCCUCUACUUCUGUGUUGUAUAUAUAGCUGCUUGUAUAUCUAAUUGGAUUGUUCAGAUUAAAUACUUUAUGAAAUUACUAAUACAUGAAAAUUUUGUUUCUUUA